AUGAAGUUUUCUACUAUUUUGCUUUCUGGUCUCGCUGCUGUUGUCGCUGCUGCUGACUCUUCCCUUACUUUUACCGUCGCUGUCACUGCUAACGGUGCUACUUACACUAAAACCAGAACUGAGAAGAACACUGGCCAGGCUACCACUACCCCAACUUCUGGUACCUACACCAGCACCAUUGUCAUUGAAAAUGACGAUGCUACUUACACAAAGACUGCUACCAACACUUAUGGCUUGGAGUCUGUUUCCACCACCCACUUGACCGUCGAACAGGACUCUGCUACUUACACAAAGACCCUCUCUGAGACUGUUCCAAACAGCUCUGCUAUUGAGUCUGCUUCCUCUGAGGCUUCUGAGGUGAGCUCUUCUUCUGACUCUGGUGCUGGUAAGGUUGUUGCUGUUGGUGGUGUUGCCGUUGCUGCUGUCGCCAUGCUUUUGUAA